AGACCAGCUUUUGCAUUCAUUUCCUACAUUUCACUCUAAAAACAACACACAACUUUUUUACUAAACCAGAUUUUCCUUAUUUGGCUACCAAAAAAUUUUAAUAAACUUCCAGAAAGAGCUAUAAACAGUUCUUAAAGUUAAAGGUUAAAAUUAUUCUCUCAGAUUGUCUGGCAUUCAAAAAUUUAAGUAAACUUUUGUCUUCAUCGAAUUUUUCACAAAAUGUUGCGUCUGGUGAAGAGAAAUUUCAUAGCACAAGCCCAGCAAAUGACUCGUGCUCUAGUCUGCGAUUCUCAUUCCUUAUGGGCCAAGCACUCGAUUGCACCGCCGGGCCAGAACUUGGCAGAGUCUGUAACCAAACGGGAGACUUUUUUGGUAGACCUCUGUGACCGCUUCCCCAAGAGCCUGCCAGAGUUGCCAAAGCCAAAACCCCGCAAGUUCCACAAUUUGUUGAUCCAGCGUAAGCUCGUUGAUGCCUCGCGUCUGCAGUUCGUUCAGGAGCGAUACCAGCAGUUCCUAGACGAGGUAAAGGAGCGCCAGCAGAGUGCCAAGCCGUUUAUAACCCGGGAAAGCCUGCACUCGGGACGCUGGAAGAUCAUUUAGGAUGACACAUUGCAACACACACGAAAGAAGAAAUAUAGAGUCUAGGAUUCUGUA